AUGAAAAUUUCUCUAAUUGCUUCUAUUGUCACAGGACUUAGCUUCCUUAAGCCUAUGGUUGCUCACAUGGUUUUUUGCGGUAUUCAAGAGGUGAGUAUGAAUAAUGUCAGAAACGUGGCGAGGGUACAAUGGGAUAUAGAGCUUGAAAGUGUACAUACGCAUUAUAAUGGUAAAUUUCCUAGAAAUAUCCGACUGGACCCUAAAUAUGGAGAGGGACCUUUCAGGGGAUAUCCAGUUAAUACCCAUUUUGCAAUAUAUGAAGGGCCAGCAUCUUUUAUUUUCCUUGUUGUGUCAAAUAAGGACUUAUCGGUGCUCAAAUUGUAUUACACCUUUGCGGGUGGCUAUGAGGAAUGUCCUUUGGAAUGA